UUCAGUAGAGGCACCGACUAACUUACAUCUUCAUAAAAGAGCAAUACUUUUUGGUUAGCGAUGAAGAAGAGGUGAAUAUGAGAAAACAUUUGGUGGCCAUUUGGAUGUAAACAGUAGAAGAAGGGAUGAAACAAGUCAGCACUGAGGCGAUUUGGUGCAGAAGACACACCUGUCCACAUCAUCAAUGCAAGGAAAGCACCAUCUUCACCUUUAGACUGUCUCCACCCUACUUCCUGUGACCUCCUGAGGCACUGAGCCUUGAAAUGCGACAACGGCACCGUGCCUUCACCUCCUUGCCUCAAACAUGGAACUGCACACCAGAGAAAUCUAUUGACGUCCACCUUCCCACCUUUCCUUCAUCCCCUCAUCUGCACUCUACUUCGUACCCUGUUUUAACUCAUCACCCUCCUCCUUGUUUCCGUUCGCCUCUUUCCCUCUCUCUGAUCCAUACAUCUCUUAAUGGCCUCCUGGGGUUUCUCUUUCUCCUGUGGUUACUACCAUGUCCGGUACAGGCAGCCGUGUUUCGGGUUGGGGUGGUAGGACCAUGGGGAUGUGACCCUCUUUUUGCUAAAGCCCUACCCAGUGUGGCGGCCCAACUUGCAGUCAACCGCAUCAACAGGGACCCCUCGCUGUCCUACGCAGCAACAUUCGACUAUGCUGUGCUGCAGGAGCCUUGUGAGACAUCAAGGGCACUCGAGGCAUUUGUGGGUUUCCACACCAAAGCCUCGGGGUACGUUGGACCAGCCAACCCAGGCUACUGUGAUGCUGCUUCAAUGCUGAGCAAAGGCUGGAACAAAGCAUUGUUUCCUUGGGGUUGCAUUGGUUACGAGUUGGACGAUGUUCGGAGUCACCCAACAUUUGCUCGCUCCAUGGCAAGGCCAACCUCGGUACUGCACACUGUCUUGAGCUACUUUAGGUGGGCCCACGUUGGCAUCAUCUCUUCCUCAGAUGACAUAUGGGUGGAGACAGCUAACAAGGUGGCAGACUCCUUAAGGGGCCACGGUAUGUCAGUCAGACUGGUCAGUUUUAUGGAGAACACACCUCACGGUAUUAGACGAACUCUGGCCAAGGUCCGCAAGAUGAGAGAAAUACGAGUUGUGAUCCUCUGCAUGCACUCUGCGCUGAUUGGCGGGGCAACCCAGAAGCACCUCUUGGAGACGGCUUAUGACAUGCAGAUGAUCGACGGCUCCCUGGUCUUUGUGCCCUAUGACGCCCUGCUCUACAGCCUGCCCUACCACAAUGUCACCUACCCGGCUCUAAAGAGCAACAGCAAACUGCUCCGCGCCUACGACUCUGUGCUGACCAUCACUAUUGACUCCCCCAAGGUGUCAUUCUACGAGGCCUACAGAGAGGCAAUGGAAAGGGGAGAGGUGGCGAGAACUCUCAAGCCACAGCAGGUGUCUCCUCUGUUCGGUACCAUCUACAACUCUGUUAUGUUCAUGGCUCAUGCUGUGCACCGUGUACGGAAGUCUAGGGAGUGGAUGUCAGGAGGAAACCUGGCACGAAACACCCGGAAUCUGGACUUCCAGGGCUUUAGCCACCCCAUCAAAACCAGUGACUCUGGAGUAGGUCAGCUCAACUAUCUCAUACUGGACACUGAUGGAUUGUCCUGGCAGUUGAAGCCAACGUACAGGUAUGUAAGUGUUUCAUCACGCGACGAAGCAAAUGUCCAAAGGAAUAAUGACAUACAAAAUGACUCUUUGAGGAGAUUGAAAAGUCAAAGAAGACAGCUAGCUGGGAAAACCGCUGAUCCAACUAUUAUUGACAGGGUCGACAUGGAGAUCGGAAUGGUUCACUUCCUGGGUCAAGACAUCCACUUUCCUCGAGGGUAUGGACCCAGGAAGGACGCCUCCUGCUGGUUUACUCCUGGAGUUAUCUGUUCAGGGGGUGUUGAUCUCUUCUCAACCAUCAGCAUGUUUGUUGGAGUGAUUGUCGUGUUGGUUCUUUCUGUGCCUUUCAGUUACUUCAUCAGGUACAAGUCAACAGGUUGUGUUAAACCAUGUUGUAGGGAUGUUUCUAUUAAGUUAUAUGCACACUGCAAGACUGUUAACUACCUCCCUUUUUUCUUGUUGCCUAGGCGGCGCAUCAACCAGAUUCGACUGGUCCAAGGUCCCGACAAGAUCCUGCUGACUCUGGAUGAUGUCACUUUUAUAAAUCCAUCACUAAGCAAUAAGAAGAUGAGCCUGGAUGACAGCAGGGCCAGUGGCAUGAAGAGCGUCUCUGAACAUAGCGUCGCUUCACCUGUCUCCACCCUAUCCCCAGCCACCUACGAAAACUCCAAUGUUGUAAUUUAUGAGGGUGACUGGGCGUGGCUGAAAAGACUUCCUUAUGGGACGUUUGGCAGGAUCAACCCCAAAACCAGUGAUGUGUUUGAACUGAUGAAGGACAUGCGUCACGAGAAUGUCAACCUUUUCCUGGGCUUCUUUCAUGACUGUGGCGUGUUUGCUAUCGUGACCGAGUUCUGCUCCAGAGGCAGUCUGGAAGACCUGCUCUUGAACGAUGAUGUAAAACUCGACUGGAUGUUCAAGUCAUCUCUGCUGCUUGAUCUAAUUAAGGGAAUGAAGUAUCUCCAUCAUCGCGGAGUUUCCCACACCCGUCUGAAGUCUCGUAACUGUGUGGUGGAUGGGCGUUUUGUUCUCAAGAUCACAGACUAUGGCUACAAUGAGGUUCUGGAGUCCCAGAGGUUUCCCUAUGUUGAACCACCUCCAGAGGGUGAGACAGAUUAUGUAGCACGAUCACGUCCUGUAAUGUCUCAACAGAAGCAAACUCACACUCGUCUUUGCUUUCCAGAGUUGCUGUGGACAGCUCCAGAGAUCUUAAGGAGUGGGCAGCCAGGGCUCCACGGAACCCUGUCUGGUGAUGUGUACAGCUUUGCCAUCAUAAUGCAGGAAGUGGUGAUCAGAGGGCCUCCGUUCUGCAUGCUGGAACAAUCCGAUGCAGAAAUAAUAGAGAAGCUGCGUAAACCUCCUCCUCUAUGCCGCCCAGUGGUCAGUCCAGACUAUGCUCCACUAGAGUGUAUCCAUCUGAUGAAGCAAUGCUGGAAUGAGCAACCAGACAAGAGACCAUGCUUUGACGAGAUCUUUGACCAGUUUAAGAACAUCAACAAGGGGAAGAAGACCAACAUCAUAGACUCCAUGCUGAGGAUGCUGGAGCAGUACUCAUCUAACCUGGAGGAGUUGAUCAGAGAGCGAACAGAGGAACUGGAGAUAGAGAAACAGAAGACAGAGAAGCUGCUGACGCAAAUGCUGCCUCCGUCUGUUGCUGAGGCUUUAAAGGUGGGCGGAGUAGUCGAACCAGAAUAUUUUGACAGCGUGUCGCUCUACUUCAGUGACAUUGUCGGCUUCACCACCAUCUCAGCCAACAGCGAGCCCAUAGAGGUGGUCGACCUCCUCAACGACCUCUACACCAUCUUCGACGCCAUCAUAGGAAACCACGACGUCUACAAGGUGGAGACGAUUGGCGAUGCUUACAUGGUGGCCUCAGGGGUUCCUGUCCCAAAUGGCAACCGUCACGCUGCAGAAAUAGCCAACAUGGCUCUGGAUAUCCUAAGCGCUGUGGGAACAUUCAAAAUGAGACACAUGCCUGAUGUUCCUGUAAGGAUACGCAUAGGACUGCACACAGGUCCUUGCGUAACAGGGGUAGUAGGUCUCACUAUGCCUCGCUACUGUCUGUUCGGAGACACGGUGACCACUGCUUCUCGUAUGGAGUCCAGCGGCAUGCCCUACAGGAUCCAUGUCCACCAGAGUACAGUCAAAGUCCUGCAGGAACUACACCUUGGCUACAAACUGGAGUUAAGAGGCAGGACAGAAGUUAAGGGGAAAGGGAUAGAGGAGACCUACUGGCUUGUAGGUAAAGAUGGAUUCAAUAAACCCCUGCCUGUUCCUCCAGAACUCAAGUCCGGCACCCGUAUUAGCAUCCUGCCGAGCGAGACCAAGGACAUGAAGCAGGUUUUUCACAAGGCGGUGAAGAAGAUCGCUCACGUCCGCGUCGUGACUCAGCUCUACACUCCUGAAGACGAUGGCAACGUCAUGUUGACACACCACUGACCGACCUGCACCUUCAAGUGUGCACAGACUUAUCUUCAAAACACUGCUAAGGGGGAAGAUUUUUAAUGUCCAUCCAAAACUCAGCAGUCAGGAGGAGGCUAGUGAAAUGGUUACUUCAGAUAAAUGACAGUCACUGUGUUUGUUUGUGUGUGUGUGGCAUGAGGAGAUGUAGUUGAAUGUGGAAGUGUGCGUGGAGGCCGAUAAGUGGUGACUCAGCAAAGCCGGGAUCUGCGGGAAGGGAACGUCAGCAGCAGAGGAAAAAUAAUCUCUCCUUCAUUUCUUCCACCUGCUUCAAGAAGAGACUGGAGGGCAGAGGAGGAAGCUUGGAGGAGGUCAGCAGCGACACCCAGUGGGAUUAAUAGAAAAACAAAAUAAGGCAAAUUUAAGUACUUAAACUACUUCAGUUCUUUUGUAGGUAUUUAUAAAUAUAUUUGAAUAGAGAGAUGACAGGAAGUGACAGAAAUCCCUUCAAACAUGACAAUUAGAGUGAGUGUCCAGAAAUAGUUUAGUUUGACUUCAGAAACCCAACAAUAUUAAACUAUAGCCAUGGACACAAGGGGAUGCAAACCUGAGACUGGUCGGUCCUAAGCUGCUUCUUUAAUUACUACACCACAGUGCACCCCGCAAAUUGGGGCAUUUAGUUUUUCUGUUAGUGGAUUAAUUCCACACUGCCCAUGUAUGAUCUGGGUUCAGACUAAAAAGCUCAAAGCAUGAGCUUUUGACCAUCAUAAAAGUAACUGAAGAAGAAGAACUUUGCCCAACUUUAUGGACAACGCUGAGUUCAUUCAACAGAAGAAAAUGACAAUGGUGUUUCUCAGUCUCCUGCAAACUCAUGAUCUAAUAUUUAUCCCAAGUGGAGUAAACAAGCUCAGAAAGAAUGGAUUUAUUCCAACCAGAGAGAAACCAGCCGAUCAAGUGUUUACUUGAUGAUUAGGAGUUAUUGUCACCAAGGUUAUUAUCAUCAAGAUUUACAUCACUCCUACAUCUCACUGAAUCAGACCUUUCUGUUCUGAUUGAGUUGGUCUUUUUUUCUGAUUGCAUGGCCACAAACCAGCAGUACCCAAAACAUGAUGAGUUUGUGAUCGAAAAGUUCAUGCUUUCCCUUUCCAGGAGGAUCAAGAAAACAUCCAGACAAGGCUCCCAUGAGACAGAAGUGAUUGUUGUAUCUUGUUCUUCAAAGUCAGACGUUUUAAGAAAAUAAUAAGAGUCUCUAUAGUUUUUGAGCUUACAUCUGAACUAGCCAGAUUGCAUGUAGACAAUUGUGUUAUUGUAUGUACCUGUAAUCCUUGGGUUUAAUUUAAACAGUCUUAUUUCCACCACUACAAUUUUAUGUUGUUGCUUUCCUCUUUGUGUACCAGACUCAUGUAAAUAUACUGUACAUGUUUAUUCAACACAUCUGUGCUGAUACCUAAAAAUAAAUCUGGAU